GCCUCCCUGCUCUGACUUUGGUCCCCAGAGGCUCGUCCGGGGUGCAGAGCCGUGGGGCGCAGCCUCCUCCCUGGGGAUGCACUUUCCUUCCAGAGCCUCCGCAGAGACAGAUGCACAGAGCCCAGCCCGGAGUGCCGCGGAGGAGCUCACGAGAGGACGAGGGGCGGAAGGCAGAGCCAGAGGAGAGGAAAGCUCCAGCCCGCAGGUCGGCUUUGCCACGGCUCGCCAAUGAGGACAAGGAGAAGAAGAAAGGGGAGAAGCAGCAGCCAGAGACUAUGUCAUCCCCAGAGAAAAAUGGAGGUUUCAGUAAAAAGAAAUUAGCCCUUAGGAAGGAGGAACUCGCUAAAAACUUGGAAGAGAUCGAAAUUAUCCUGAGUCUGUGCGAGAGGAAGAGAGAGGCCAUCGAGGAGCUGCAGCAGUUCUGUGCCUGCCUGGAAGAGACCAACUGCCAGCUGGUGAGGGACAUCCAGCAGGCUGACGAGAGCACUGCCAAGCAAGCCACAGCCCUGCUGCAGGAGUGUGACAAGUUUCAGAGGGUGAAGGAAACAGUGCAAAUAACCAAUCAGAAGCGGCUCAAAACAGCUAGGGCAGAGCUGCAGGAGAUGGAAAAAACGAUGGAAAAGAAUGUGGGAAAGCUCCAGCAGAGCCUGGAUGAAGCCACAUCAAAGGUACAGGUUCUCCAGGAGGAGCUCAGAGAGAUGCAGAUCUGCAGGGACAGGCAGCUUCCAGAACAAGCUGCCCGGAUAGCUCUUCUGCAGCACAGCAUCCAGAGCCUGAAGGAGAAACAUCAGGAGGAGAGAGACAAGACAGAAGAAAAGCAGAAGGUCAUCUUGGAGGAACUAGAAGAGAAGGCAUGGGCAGAACUAGAGGCCCUGGUGCAGAAAAUUGUGGAGGAGACGUUGCAGCACCAGGAUGGUCUGAAGCAGCUGGUGAUAAACAAUCAUAUUCUGCAAUAUAAAAUACUGAGGCAAAAGGAGGUUAUUAAGGACCUGGAAGAGGAGAUUGGUGAGCUGAAGAGGAGCAUCCAGACACUCCAGCAGAGUGUGAGAGACUCAAGAGAGCUGCUCUUUGCUGAUGUUCUCCUCCCCAGACCCAAGUGCACACCAGACACCGAGGUGAUCCUCACCAUCCCCACCGAGGAGACGCAGCUCAUCUGAUACUUGGCCAGGCUUGGAUGAGGUGCUGAGCCACAGACCCCUCUUUCCCCAUCAGUGUUUCUCCAUCCCAGCCAUGCUCAGCCACCCUGCGGCCUCAGUGCUGUGGUGAGAUGCUGCAGUAAAGGUGUCACUGUCAUCCUGGCCUGUGCCAGCCGUGCUGCACUCUGGGGCUGCCAUCCCUGUCCCUGUUGUGGUAACACUGGAGGUGUUGAAGGGGCCUCCUUGUGACUGUGAGGGGUGUCCCGGGCUUGGCCCUCCUGCUGUGAGGCUCUGCCAGUGCAUCCCAGUGUGGUCAGACUGGUGUCCCAGUGCAGAGUCAGACUGGUGCCACUGCAGGGACGGUGCUCAGGCAGUUUGGUGCCAGUGGUGCCAGUGCUGGGCCACCCAACAGCAUCAAAUACAACCAGCUCCCAUUCUUGACGGUGCCAAGCAAGCACCCAGCCGUGCUCCCCUCCCUGGGUCCUGGCAGCAGUGCUGUGGGGUCGGGCAAGCAGAGCUGCGAGAUCCCGGCAAAGAACAGCGGCAGCAGCACCGGGCACCGGGCAGGACCAG